AGCAAUCUCCUGCUGGAGCUGACGUCUGCUGGGUUGGUGAAGAUGCAUCACAUCAGCUGGACAGCCUUGCUGCUGUCAGUCACUCUGUCUGUGAGUUCUGGAGGUAACGUGCUGGUGUUCCCAGUAGAUGGCAGCCACUGGGUGAACAUGAAGGUCCUCGUUGAGGAGCUGCACUCCCAAGGCCACAGCAUUACUGUAGUGCGGGCCUCAGUCAGCUGGUACAUUAAAGAGGAGUCUCCCUAUUACAGUGCCAUCACCAUCCCCACCACUGGAGGCGUUAAAGAGGAGUUCUUUGGCACCUUAUUGACAAGAUUGCUGAAUAUACGUAAAGACCAAAAGUUCUUCUGGAGUCGCUUGAUGCUCGAGUUUGAAGUAAUGGACAUGUUCUCAGGAUGGCAUCGGCAAAUUUGUGAGAUGAUGGCAAUGAUGUUUCAAGACGAGGUCCUCAUGAAAUCGCUCACAGAUGCCAAGUUUGACGUCGUCCUAACAGAUCCAGCAAUGGGAGGGGGAGUGCUCUUAGCUCGACGUCUCAGUCUUCCAUUGGUGUUAAACGUGAGGUGGACUGUCCAUGGAGAUGCCCACUAUGCCAUCGCUCCCUCCCCUCUCUCCUAUGUCCCCUACCCAGGAGCUGAGCUGACAGACAAGAUGACCUUCUCUCAGAGGGUUCAGAACAUGCUGACAUAUGCCAUCGGUUUAAUUCAGAUGCAAAUGAUUGUUGCUCCCCACUUCACAGCUUUCUGCAAUCGUUUCUUUGGCCCUGAUGUUGACUACUUCUCCUUGUUCCAGGAUGCUGAUAUCUGGCUCAUGAGGAACGACUUCACCUUUGAGUUUCCACGCCCAACCAUGCCCAAUGUGGUCUAUAUGAGUGGGUUCCAAUGCAAGCCUGCCAGACCACUUCCUGUUGACCUGGAAGAGUUUGUCAAAAGUUCAGGGGAGCAUGGGGUCAUCAUCAUGUCCCUGGGAACUCUGGGUGUCCAUCUCCCUAGUGACAUCACUGAGGAGAUUGCGGCAGCUUUUGCUCAGCUUCCCCAAAAGGUCAUCUGGAGACAUAAAGGGGCCAAGCCCUCGAGUCUUGGCAACAACACCUUACUGGUGGACUGGAUGCCCCAAAAUGACCUGCUGGGACACCCAAAGACUAAAGUGUUUGUAGCCCAUGGGGGCACCAAUGGUGUCCAAGAAGCAAUCUACCAUGGUGUCCCGAUAGUUGGCCUGCCUUUGAUGUUUGAUCAGCCUGAUAAUCUGUCCAGAAUGGUGGUAAGAGGAACCGCUAAGGUAUUGGACAUUGCCACUCUGGACAGAGCAGUGUUUGUGGAGGCGUUAAGGGCAGUGUUGUAUGAGCCGUCCUACACGGAGAAUAUGCAGAGGCUCUCCAGGAUCCACCAUGACCAGCCCAUGAAGCCUCUGGACCGCGCCAUUUUCUGGAUAGAGUAUGUCAUGAGGAAUGGAGGCGCCCCUCACCUGCGCUCACAGUCCUUCAGGAUGUCCUGGAUGGCUUAUCAUUCUAUAGACGUCAUACUGACUCUGCUGAUGGCUUUGCUGCUCUUAGUAUUAAUUAUUUUCCUGGCUAUCAAAAAAUGCCUUUCAGUUUUAUUCAAAAAGAAAGUCAAAUAUGAAUAGCGAUAUGUUUUCAGUUUUCUACUAAAAAUAUCACAAUAGCAGUCAUAAAGUAGGUUGAUGUAUAUUUUUUAUCUAAGCCCACAAAAUGGUAACACUGAGUUUUGUAUUGUCCACAUUUACUGUCAGUGCCUGUAAUGCAGUGUGCAAGGAAGCUUGGUAAUUAAUCUGUACUCUACUCUGUUUAGGGGAAACAUGUGUUUAGACCAGUGGUAGUAGAUGUUGGUAAAUCAUCUCUACUGUACUCUGUUUAGGGGAGACGUGUGUUUAGAUCAGGGGUAGUUGAUGUGAAAGAGUUUCAAAUAUCCCUUCCUGUUUACAGGCUAUAGGUGCCUCCCUUCAUCAGAAACAUGCAGCUACUGGUUUGUGCCCUCCUCCUAGAAGCACUCCGCAGUCAUGUGUUUUCUUAGAGAAUGUCCACG